AUGCGCUUCGCAAUCGCCAGCACCGCGUUUCUCACCCUCCUCACCUUUGCCACCUCCCAUGUCAUCAAGCGGGACAUCGACACUGUCCUGGGUGACAUUUCUGCCGUGAACACCAAUCUAGGCACUCUCAACGCUGCCGUGCAUAGCUACAGCGGUGGAUUGCCGGCUGCGCAGGAAAUCCAAACCCAGGAGACUGCCGUCGAAAAGGCCCUCGAGCAGGCCGCGACCGACACCAAUGGCACGGCGGUGUUCACUAGUGUUGAAAGCAACACGGUGACCGAAGCGCUGAUCGCGUUGGAGCCGGUCAUGCGGAGUUCAAUCGCCGCACUCGUCAACAAGAGAACCCUCUUCGUCUCUGCCGGUGUCGGCGCCACGGUCCGAACUAAUCUGCAGAACCUCAAGAGCCGGACCGAUAGUCUUUCCGUGGUGCUGCAGAGCAAGGCAACCGGCCCUGACCGGGAAACCAUCCGCCUGGGGACUGGGGACGUUGAUGAUGCUUUUGACAGUGCCAUUGAUGCCUAUGAGCCCCAGUGGUGA